GGAGGAACGCGCGGCCGCGAGCAAAGGAGGGAGGGAAAGAACGAAGAGAAGGAGGCGGGCGGGCAAGCAGGCGGGCGUGGGGGUCGGGAACUGAGGCUGUAGAGCGCCCGGCAGCCGCUUCGCGCUGUUUGCUGCGCGGGCUUUUGGAGGGGGCGGCUGUGGAGAAGCGGGCUCCGGCGUUGUUGGUGCUUGGCGCCUGGGGGCGGGGGACCCGAGUGGCGAGAAGGGGGGUCGCUGCGGUGGUUCUCCCUGUGGCGCUCUCCUCGCCUCUCUCCCGGCUCCKUGGACUCCUCCCGGAGUCUCCCUCGCCUCCGGGGCCCCGCUCCCCGCCCCCCGCGGUAUGUCUUGAUCCCGAGCAGCGGGUUUCAUGGGGCUCCUCAGGAUUAUGAUGCCGCCCAAGUUGCAGCUGCUGGCGGUGGUGGCCUUCGCGGUAGCGAUGCUCUUCUUGGAGAACCAGAUUCAGAAACUGGAGGAGUCCCGGUCGAAGCUAGAAAGAGCUAUUGCAAGACAUGAAGUUCGAGAAAUUGAGCAACGACAUACAAUGGAUGGACCUCGACAAGAUUCAUCUUUAGAUGAGGAAGAGGAUAUGGUGAUAAUUUAUAACAGAGUUCCCAAAACAGCAAGCACCUCAUUUACCAAUAUCGCCUAUGACCUGUGUGCAAAGAAUAAAUACCAUGUUCUUCACAUCAAUACUACCAAAAAUAACCCAGUGAUGUCAUUGCAAGAUCAGGUACGGUUUGUGAAGAAUAUAACUUCCUGGAAAGAGAUGAAACCAGGGUUUUAUCAUGGACACAUUUCUUAUUUGGAUUUUGCCAAGAAUACACGUUUACCCAUGAUGGUGGCCAGCAUGAAGAAGGCAGCUGCAGUAGAUACCUUUGAUGAAUGUGUAGCUGAGGGCGGCUCAGACUGUGCUCCAGAGAAGCUCUGGCUUCAAAUUCCAUUCUUCUGUGGCCACAGCUCAGAAUGCUGGAAUGUGGGAAGCAGGUGGGCUAUGGAUCAAGCCAAGUAUAACCUAAUUAAUGAAUACUUCCUAGUGGGAGUUACUGAAGAACUUGAAGAUUUUAUCAUGUUAUUGGAGGCAGCUUUGCCCCGGUUUUUCAGGGGUGCAACAGAGCUCUAUCGUACAGGAAAGAAAUCUCAUCUUAGGAAAACCACAGAGAAGAAACUCCCCACAAAACAAACCAUUGCAAAACUGCAGCAAUCUGACAUUUGGAAAAUGGAGAAUGAGUUCUAUGAAUUUGCACUAGAGCAGUUCCAAUUCAUCAGAGCCCAUGCUGUUCGAGAAAAAGAUGGAGACCUCUACAUCCUUGCACAAAACUUUUUCUAUGAAAAGAUUUACCCUAAAUCGAACUGAGUACAAGGUGUGACUAUUAAAUUCUUGAACUAGAACUUUGAUCUCGUCUUCACCUUAGUUCUCAGCUUCACAACCUAGAUCACUGAUUAUAUGUAUAAGACCGUUUAUAUUGAGCUGAGUUAGGAAACAGACAUUACCAUCAAAGAAUUAGAUACUGGCUGCUAUGUCAGUGUUCUGAGAAGUUUUGCGUUUCAGGCAUUUUUCUUUUUUUCUGUUUAAAUUUUGGUGAGAGUUAUAACCUCCUGCCUGGGGGGAAAAACUUGCAUCACCUAAAAUAAACACAUGGCAGGUCUAAUCAAAAGACUAAAUACAAUUUCAGGAAGGGUUCUGAUUCUUUUGUUUUGAUAAGCAUUUUUUCACUUAAAGAUGAAUCUAUUUGCCACUUCACCUCUACUGAAUAGUGUUAAUAACUGUUUGGCAGUAUGUGCUUUGUUUUUGUGAACCAUGUCUCAUGAAAUUUAUUGGAAUGUUUGAUCAUGUUUGCUAAGAAAUAUUUCUGCUGGAGUUGGACUUGCUCAUAUUUAUAUAGGUGGUUUUAAUUUUUUUUGUGUGUGAUCAUUAGUGUUAAAUCCCAAGUUAAACCAUGAAUGAUGCUAUAAAAAGUUAAAGCAGUAUUUCUCAUUCCUGUCUUCCCAGUAUCUAAUAUUGGGAAGAUACUUCUAAGAAUGUUGGCAUUAUCUGAAGUUUUAGUUAAGACUUAAACACAUUAAUAUUUUAAAAAGCAGAUUUAGUAUUUGUUUCAUCAUGGGUUAUUUGUAUAGCUGUAAACUGAGAUAUUGGUGACUCCAUAUUAUGACUCCAUUAGUGAGCUGUGGUAUGGGUAGGAUUUUCCUACUACUUCUGUACUUUUUCCUGUAGACUAUUUUUACUGAGGUGCUUUAUAAUGUGUUUUAAAGCAUUGCAUUUACAAAAACAAAAAAAAAGGAAAAUGCUGUAAAUAUUGCAUAUUUUAUGUAUUUGGACCAAAAGGUUACAAGUAAUUAGACAAAGUGAUUUUGCACCAAUUUUAUUAUGUCGACUCGAGUAAAAUCAUCAGGUCUACUGUUCUUGUAUUCUCAUUUAACUUUACUGUUAAGACGUCACUGAAAUGAAUUUCAAUAACCUUUCAAUUUUGAUAGAGUACAUUAUUCAUUACGGGAGGCAGAAUACUGAAAAGAGUACURAGACGAGGAGUCAAAAUUUUUUGAUUUCUGGUCCUUGUUCUGCAAUUUCCACCUGUGUGAUCUUGAGAAGUCAGCUUCUCUUUGCCUCAAUUUCCUCAUCUUGAAAUGAGGAUAAUAAUACCUGCUGUACCUACCUCACAGGGCUGUUGUGAGGACUAAAUAAGAUGGCAUGUUGAAAGCACUUUGAAAAUUGUAAAGUGAUAUAUAAAUGUAAGGUAUUAUUAGAGAAACAUCUUUAACAUAUAGUUUCAUACCAUUCAUUUUUUAAACAAAGAAAAGUCCACUUUUAAGCUUUGUGAAAAAGAAAUUUAUCUUGAUAUAAAUUUGUGUUUGAUAAAUAUCUUCCCAGUGUUUUAUCUUCCAUGUUUCAACAACUAUUGAAAUAUGAAACAUCUGUGAACUCUUGAAGAUUCAUGAGCAGCUGAGCAGCUGCUUGAGUUCAGAAGAUUCCCUGUUGGAAAUAGACUUGGUUAGCUCCCUAGAGAUAGGGAAACCUUGCUCUUCAAAGUUGAAAGAUUUUUUUUUUUUUUUGGCUGUUAUUCUACAUUACCAUUCAAAAACGGUAGCUAUUUUAUACCUAUGGUUUUUAAAAUAUAUUUUGCAGAGUUUAAUUUCCCAGUGCAUUCUUUACCUUCUUCCUCUUCUUGGAGUAACAGAGAUGAAGACUUUUAGAAAUGUUUUCUAAAAGAAUAGUCUUUAAUAUGUUUAGUUUAAGUGAAUAUAUCUGAAAAAGGCUUCACCAAACUCAACAUGUUAGGCAGAUUGCCUUAGAGAAGUGUAGGGGAGGAAGGAGCACUAUUUAGCAGCAAACAUUUAUAAAUAGCUCAAGAAACACUAAAGGAAUGACAGAAUCAUUUUUAGCCUCUUUACCCCAAGUGAAGGGAAAUUUAAGAGAACAUAGCCAGGCAUAUAUUGGGCGGGGGGCGGURUUCUUGUUUUAAAUUUAACUUUACACAUAUUUGCUGAAAACACAGAUUGUCCCACCACUCAAAAGUAAAACACCACUCUAGUGGGGUGUUUGACAUUCACCCACUCAUGAAUAACCCCAAGUUGUUCUUGGAGUACAUGCUAAAGCCUUCUUGAGGUGCAUUCACUCAUAACUAGAGUAGUUCUUAGUAAUACACCGAUCAGGGGGUCAGUAAACUACUUCUGUGAAGGACCAGAGAGUGAAUAAUUUAAGUCUUUGUUAUAAGCACUCGAUUCUGUCAUUGUUGGAAAAAAAAGAAAAGGAAAAAGUACCUUAGURUAGAAACAAAUGAACAUGGUUAUGUUCUGAGAAAACUUUAUUUACAAAAACAAAUGACAUACUAAAUGUGGUCCAUGAGCUACCAUCCCCUGCACUAGAAAAAUCAUUUAUGGAGAAAUCAUCUUUGUACCUGUACUCUAGAGGCCUAAAGGAGUUUAUAUACUUCCAAAAGCUCCUGGUUUAUGUCCAAAGAAUAACUUUCUGAUUCAUGCAGUCUCCCACAGAUUCAUAAACUUUUAUGUAUAUUGCUUCCUAGUGGGCAUGUUUUCUUUCCCAGGUUAACAGUUCAGAAUAGGGACAUAUAUUUUAGCAUUUUUUAGGGUGAGUUAGGAGUGUCCUUCCUGUAGAUUGAGAAAGGGAUAGAUUGAAUUCCAUCCAGUCCAGUACAGUCCUAGGAGUCUGAGUCCUUAUAAUACAUAACUUUAUAAUCAAAAAAUAGAAUCACUGAGACAAUAUGUAUUUUUUUAAAGUGGCAAAUGUGGUUUUCUUUUU